AUGAACGAUCCCGAGAAUUUACAAGCUGAAUCAAACAAAAUAGACGAAUCGCCUGAACAACAAUUAAACGACAGGAUAUCCAUCAUGCAAGAUUCUUUGCCGGCUACUUGCCUCGUUCAGAAUUCACUACCAAUCGCAGUACCGGUGGUCUCAAGCGACGUUGAUUUCGCGACCUCAAAUUUCUUACAGCAAGGUUCAAAGUUUAGCAGUCACACGGAUUUCGUGGUGGCAGUACAAGAAUAUGCGAUGCGACAAGGUUUUACAAUGCGACUACACAAACUAAAAAGAAACCGAGAGGGUGCUGUUCGAUGGAGAGAAAUUGUGUGUUCGCGUAGUGGAAGUUCCUGCAAAAAAAAAGUUGGUGAAAGGCCGACUCGAAACCGCCUGUCCCAACGGUGUCGAUGCCCAUUUCUGAUUCGGGCAUCAGCCAAUGGCGUCUCCGGUUUGUGGGAGGUUAUUUCCACAAAUUUCAGUCAUAAUCAUGAACUUGGAUCAAAUUCUGGGACAUCAUAA